AUGAAAUGACGUAUAUAUGUACCAGCUUUGUUUCUAAAACUUUGAUCGUGUGAGAAACGUCUUCUGAGAACUCAAGUGUUUUAUCUGUUACGUAUUACUGUGUGACGUCAUCACCCCAAUUCGAUGUCAACUUGGUACUUAAGAACAACGUAACGCCCUCGAUGGAGGGAAGCGAACCAGGGAGCUUGAAUAAGUGCCCGGGCUGCACUGAAAGACGAAACGGCGACUGUACUGCUGUGAAUACGACGAUUGAUAAGCAAGCAGGGACAGAGUCGGAUACGAGCAAGCCACAUAGUUGGAAAGACGACCUGAACUGUCUGUGUACUUGCGGGAAGAGGAAAAGUGUUUCCAAAGUUGGGAAUGAACAAUCUGGAAACACUGCAAGAGAUAAACAAACUUCAAGAUUUGAGAAAAACAAAGAAAACAACAGCAAUUCCAAGUCACUGGACACUGAAAGCAAAUUCAAUACAAAAUCAAGCGGGCUUGAGAAAAGCUACACACUGCCUACUAAACUUAACGACGUGAGUGGAUUACGUCGAAAUCAGCGAAACUUUUUCGGGGGAAGGAUGGAAGUUUUAUCUGAAGACAAGGGAGAUGAGGUUCAAGUCCCGCCAUUGGCACUGGAUGGGGUGAAAAAGAAUGGAAAUUUGCGGAAUUGGAAAACUAAAGAUAAUCGUGAACCAAAACAGAAAAAUCCUCCCAACUUUAUGAAGUCGGUUUGUCCAAAUCACGACGAACAAAAAGAAACGUUAGAAGCUGUCCUUUACUGUGACGCAUGCUCACAAUCUGUGUGUUAUAAAUGCGCAUUCGAACGUCAUAAGGACCACACUGUGACGCCCAUUCCUGCUGCUGCGGAAAGAGUUCGUGUUAAUCUUGCCGAACGUAAACGAAGAAUCGAAAACGUCAUUUCACAAAUGAGGACGAAGCGAAAAACUGCGGAGACAAGUAGCGAAGAGCUGAAGCAAAGAAUUCAUGUUCAGUUCGAACAGCUGAUCCAACGGGUGAAGAAGAAAGAAGAUGACGUCAUGGGCGAGCUUGCGAAGAUCAAGCAGAGAAGAAUAAACAUUAUAUACGGAGUACAGAACCAGCAGGAAACGGCUUGGGGUCAGAUUGAUGCUGUUCUUAAAACUCAAGAAGACGUCAAGAUGUUACAAGAAUACAACGGAUUGUCGCUCGUAGAUUAUAAAGACCCGACCACGUCACCGCGUGAAAAUGGGGGGAAAUUUCUUCUACACGGGGAAACCCCUCGUCCGACGUUGGACCUUAACUCUGUGCAAGACGAGAUCGAGAAAGUGAGAUUAUCCGGGGUUAAUAUCGACACUACGGGUGAUACAACUGCUGUCGUAAUUAAGGAGGGGAUUACCCCACGUGGGAACCGCAAUCGAUUCUCGUUCAAACUGGACGCAUUCACCGCUCACUCGGCUCUGCGCGUCUCCUCCAACUACACAUCGGUUGAAUAUGUCGGUUCCGAACGAAACGGUGUGACUGUAAGAAACAGUCAACCUUUUAACUCUGUUUCUAACAGCAACCCUUAUCAAUCCAAACCACCCGGCUACCACAGUCUACCUAAUGGUGUGGCAGCUGGUAGAUUAAAACGAGCUCAAUUCGCAACGGUGAUCGGUGAUUCUUCCAUAACUCAGGGAAAACAGUAUUGGGAAGUAUCCGUUAACCGAAGCAUGGAGUACAGGUUGGGAGUUGCUUACAAACAUAUGCAGGGGACGAAAACUUUGGCUGACGAACACAAUUCAUGGGCUUUGUGUCUAACUUACCCUGACAGGUUUUCAGCAACACAUAAACACCAUAAGGAAUAUAUAUUUGUACCAACACACGUAGCAGCACGAGCAACCAAAGUCGUCAGAAUCGGUAUUUUCCUCGAUUACGAACGAGGGGUUUUAUCAUUCUACAACGCCAGUACGGCGUCAGAGAAACGACACAUAUACACCUUUAGAACGUUUUUUAACCGACCGGUAUGGCCCCUGUUGUCUCUCAGGCAAGGAAAACUGCAAAUAUUAACUGGGUUGGCGGUUCCACGAAACUUGGUUUGGAAGACAAGAUAAUAUUUACAAUUUUUCAAAUUAGUUUCAAUUUGUACACAGACGUAAUACAUGUGCAGCACUGCCGCAUUGUGAAGAGAAAAAUAAUAAAUAUUAAGGUUAAAAUAAAAAACGAAAAAUUUUAAAAGUACAGAAGAACAUGCCAAAAUGUGUUUUCUAUUUUUUGAUUUGCUUUUACUUCAUCUUACCAGUCCCACACCAAACUGGUAAGAAAUUUACUGACUUUGUUUUUUGCAUUCAAAUAAACCAUAAUAAAGAA